GCGGGGAUGACGGGAGUCCGGGCCGGUCAGACCUAUACCAGCCUACCGACGCACGGACACGCAGCAACACACUCCGAUCUCGCGGCAAAAACUUCCCACUUUUUCACCUUCAAUUAAUUUCUCCAAAAAGAAUAAUAAGAAGAAGAAGAAGAAGAAAAAAAAAACAGAAACAUUAAAGCAACAGCUGGAGCCGCGAGAGAGAGGGAGGACUUUUAUUUUAUUUUAGACAGCGCGCGCGUGUGUUCUCGUUAAUUAUCUAAUCAUCACACCUGAGGAGGAUGAGAAGAAAUCCGUUGGUUUAGCUCGGUGGGGGUGAAGGGCAGGAGUGUGUUUUUCUGAAUUUAAAAGGGGGUAGUGGGAAUUAAAGGAACAUGAAGCCCCGCUUCUCCCGGAGGACUUAAGCGCCUGAAGUUUAUUUUUUGGGAAGAUGCCGGAAGAAGACACCGAGCAGACGGAGUGAAACAGCCCGGUGCGCACCACCCUCUCCCCGGCGGGACCGAAGCGCGACAGUCCGCCUCUUCUGCCGCUGCUGGAGGGACACUUCUGCGGCUCCUCCCGCAUCUUUAUCGCUCUGUUUGGAUGUAAAAAAACCCCAAAACAACAACAACCACAACCACCGUCUUCACCUUCUUUCUUCGAGAGAUUUUUGAUUCUCAAACACUUUUUGUUUCCCCCCUUUUGGCGCUGUGCGGAGUUUCUGCGCUCAUGGAUCGGCCACUUUGCGCCUCCUCUCCGGAUGCGAUUUGGCAGCUGUGAGCGGGGCGCGGAGGAGCCGUGAUGGUGGGGAUGGUGAUGGUGUGAGAGACGCAGGAGUUUCACAUCUGGUUUAUUGGGCCAGUCUGCAGCAGGAUCAGGAUGAGAAGAUGGCUGCCUGUGUGUUUCCAAUGGGACCAGAGAGCUUUCAGCGCUUCACGCCGGACUCCCUGGCUGCCAUCGAGCAGCGCAUCGCCCAGGAGCGGGCCCGACGCAACAAACACUACCAGGAGGACCUGGGCGACGUGGUGCCCCCCCGGGCCCGGCCCGACCUGGAGGCGGGGAAACAGCUGCCGCGCAUCUUCGCCGAAAUCCCGUCUCAUCUGGUGGGCGUUCCCCUGGAGGACAUCGACCAGUACUACUUCAAAGACAAGAGGACCUUCAUAGUCCUGAACAAAGGGAAGGCCAUCUUCCGUUUCAGUGCCACAUCUGCCCUCUACAUCUUCAGCCCGUUUCACCCCAUCCGAAGAAUCGCCAUCAAGAUCCUGGUCCACUCGUUAUUCAGUCUGUUCAUCAUGUGCACCAUCCUGACCAACUGCUGCUUCAUGGCCAUGUCGGAGCCGGCCUACUGGGCCAAAUACCUCGAGUACACCUUCACAGGUAUCUAUACGUUUGAGUCGCUCAUAAAGAUCUUGGCGAGAGGUUUCUGUGUGGGACCCUUCACCUUCCUGAGGGACCCGUGGAACUGGCUCGACUUCAGCGUCAUCGUCAUGGCAUAUGUCACUGAGUUUGUGGACCUGGGUAAUGUGUCAGCCUUAAGGACGUUCAGGGUGCUGCGAGCGCUCAAAACCAUCUCUGUCAUCCCAGGCCUGAAGACCAUCGUUGGCGCCCUGAUCCAGUCCGUGAAGAAGCUCGCCGACGUGAUGAUCCUCACGGUCUUCUGCCUGAGCGUCUUCGCCCUCAUCGGCCUGCAGCUCUUCAUGGGGAACCUGCGGCAGAAGUGCGUGCGCAGCACGGAGCACUGCAUCAACGGCAGCCUGCCGGCCAACACCUCCUUCUACUGCAACAACAAGACCUGGGCCUCCAUCCAGGACUUCAUCAACGACGAGGAUAACUUCUACAAAGUAGAUGGAGCCAAGGAUGCCUUAAUCUGUGGCAACAGCAGCGACGCAGGAUCGUGCCCAGAUGGGUUUGAAUGUCUGAAGGCCGGGAGGAACCCUAACUACGGCUACACCAGCUUCGACAGCUUUGGGUGGGCCUUCCUGUCCCUGUUCCGCCUGAUGACACAAGACUACUGGGAGAACCUCUACCACCAGACGCUGCGUUCGGCCGGUAAGACCUACAUGGUGUUUUUCGUGGUGGUGAUCUUCCUGGGCUCCUUCUACCUGGUCAACCUCAUCCUGGCCGUGGUGGCCAUGGCGUACGAGGAGCAGAACCAGGCCACCAUCGCCGAGGCCUGCCAGAAGGAGCGCGAGUUCCAGGUGGCCAUGGAGCGGCUGAAGAAGGAGCAGCAGGUUGCCGUUCAGAAACUUCCCGACUCGGACUCGAUGAUGUCACCAGAGCUCUCCCCGUUCGGCCUGCCAUUGGACGGCAUGGAGGAGCGGAGGCGGAGCCAGGCGCUGGUGGGCGUGACCGACGUGGAGGCCAACCUAUCGGAGGAGAAGCUGCUGCAGGUGGACAUGACGGACGGGGCAAAGCCGCUGCACCCUCUCCUCUCUCGCUCCUUCUCCACGAGGACUCGGCGAAGCAGCCAGGUCUCCUCCAUCUUCAACUUCCGCCUGCGGAGCCGCGGCUCGGAGGGCGAGAUGGCCGACGACGAGUACAGCGUGCCGGGGGACGUGGUGGAGGGCGUGGGCGGCCGCACCUACAGCGGCGGCACCUUCAGCGGCGUCCUGCCCCACCCGUGGCCCAAACGGAGGCCCAGCACCUACAGCACGGCCAGCAGGAGCUCCCAGGUAUUUUAUCCAACCCUAAACGUCAACGGGAAGCUGUUUGUUGCCAUGGACCAGAACGGGGUUUCCCCACCAACGCUGCAGGGGCAGCUGCCCGCCUGCACCAUGGAGAAGGUCAAAGAGGAGAGCGUCCCCACGUCCUCCACGGAGCUCAGUACGAUGCUGUUACCUCGCCCGUCGUCCACGCAAGACUCGGAGCGGAGAGGGAGGGCGCUCAGCGCCGCCAGCUACCUCACUGACGCCAUGGAAGAGCUGGAGGAGGCCCAUAAGAAGUGCCACCCGUGCUGGUACGUGUUCGCCCACCGGUACCUGGUGUGGGAGUGCUCCCCCUGCUGGCUGAGGGUGAAGCAGCUGGUGAAGAUCAUGGUGAUGGACCCCUUCCUGGACCUGGCCAUCACCGUCUGUAUCGUCCUCAACACGCUCUUCAUGGCCAUGGAGCACUACCCCAUGACGGACGAGUUCAACGGCAUGCUGAGCAUCGGAAACCUGGUGUUCUCAGGUAUCUUCACAGCAGAGAUGGUGCUGAAGAUCAUUGCUCUGGAUCCGUACUACUACUUCCAGACGGGCUGGAACAUCUUCGACAGCAUCAUCGUGUGCCUCAGCCUCAUGGAGCUGGGCCUGUCCGACGUGGAGGGGCUCAGCGUGCUGCGCUCCUUCAGACUGCUUCGUGUGUUCAAGCUGGCUCGCUCGUGGCCGACCCUCAACACCCUGAUCAAGAUCAUCGGGAACUCCAUGGGCGCUCUGGGAAACCUGACGCUCGUCCUCGCCAUCAUCGUCUUCAUCUUCGCCGUGGUCGGCAUGCAGCUGUUUGGUAAAAACUACCAGGACUGUGUGUGUAAGAUCUCGAAGGACUGCACUCUCCCUCGCUGGCACAUGAAGGACUUCUUCCACUCGUUCCUCAUCGUGUUUCGCGUGCUGUGCGGCGAGUGGAUCGAGACCAUGUGGGACUGCAUGGAGGUGGCGGGUCAGCCGCUCUGCAUCCUGGUCUUCAUGCUGGUCAUGGUCAUCGGGAACCUGGUGCUGCUGAACCUCUUCCUGGCUCUGCUGCUCAGCAGCUUCAGCUCGGACAACCUGUCGGCCCCGGACGACGACGGCGAGAUGAAUAACCUGCACAUCGCCAUCCACAGGAUCACCAGAGGCCUGGCCUGGUGCCGCACACAGGUGGUGGAUUUCUUCAACGGGAACCUGAAGCGCCGUCGCCAGAAGAGGAAAGAGGCCAAAGCCAUGAUGAAGCUCAAACGCCUGAGUACCAUCCACACCGAGGCCAACGGAGCCGUCAUAGGCCGUCACGUAGAGAAGUACGUGGUGCCGGAGGACGACAGCUACAUGACCAACCCCAACCUGACCAUCAGCGUCCCCAUCGCCCCCGGAGAGUCUGACGUGGAGUUCCCAGAGGAAGAGGAGGAAGAGGAGGAGGAGGAGGAGGAAGAAGAGGAGGAGGAGGAGGAGGAGGAAGAGAGGGAGGAGCAGAGCGAGGGCUCGGAGCAGAAAGACGAUAUCAGCCUAUCGGAGGGCAGCACGGUGGACCUGAGGAAGCCUGGAGAUGAAGAAGACCAGUACUCAGAGAUGGCUGAAGAGGCCAUGGACCCCAACCUCGCUCCGGACAUGUCGCAGUGGCCAGGGGUUUCACUGCCUCACGACGCUCGACACGACAGCAGGUCUGGGUCAGACCUGGCCUUCGAGGACAUCUACAUCGAGCAGAGGAAGGUGAUCAAGGUGGUGCUCGAGUACUCGGACAAGAUCUUCACCUACAUCUUCAUCCUGGAGAUGUUGCUCAAAUGGCUCGCCUACGGCUUCAAGAAGUACUUCACCAACUACUGGUGCUGGCUCGACUUCCUCAUCGUCGACGUCUCGUUGGUCAGCUUGGUGGCCAACACGUUGGGUUAUUCCGACUUUGCAGCGAUCAAAUCCCUGCGGACGCUGCGAGCCCUGCGGCCCCUCAGAGCCCUCUCCAGAUUUGAAGGCAUGAGGGUGGUGGUGAACGCCCUGAUCGGGGCCAUCCCCUCCAUCAUGAACGUGCUGCUGGUCUGUCUCAUCUUCUGGCUCAUCUUCAGCAUCAUGGGCGUCAACCUGUUCGCCGGAAAGUUCGGCCGCUGCGUCAACCGCACGGGCCACAUCUUCGACUCGUCCUUCAUCAACAACAAGUCGGAGUGCGAGGCGCUCAACGACACCUCCCUCUACUACUGGACCAAAGUCAAAGUCAACUUCGACAACGUGGGCGCCGGAUACCUGGCGCUGCUGCAAGUGGCAACCUUCAAAGGCUGGAUGGAUAUCAUGUAUGCAGCGGUGGACUCACGAGCCGUGGAGGAGCAGCCUAUCAAGGAGAUCAAUCUCUACAUGUACCUGUACUUUGUCAUCUUCAUCAUCUUCGGCUCCUUCUUCACCCUCAACCUCUUCAUCGGUGUCAUCAUCGAUAACUUCAACCAGCAGAAGCGAAAGUUAGGAGGACAGGACAUCUUCAUGACGGAGGAGCAGAAGAAGUACUACAACGCCAUGAAGAAACUCGGCUCCAAGAAACCUCAGAAGCCCAUCCCCAGACCUACGAACUCUCUGCAGGGCUUCUUCUUCGACCUGGUGGCGAAGCAGGCGUUCGACAUCAUCAUCAUGGUGAUGAUCCUGCUGAACAUGAUCACCAUGAUGGUGGAGACGGACGAGCAGUCGCCCCAGAUGGAGUACAUCCUGAACAACAUCAACCUGGCCUUCAUCAUCAUCUUCUCGUUCGAGUGCCUGGUCAAGAUCGUGGCGCUGCGCUGCUACUUCUUCACCGUCGGCUGGAACAUCUUCGACUUCGUGGUCGUCAUUCUCUCCAUCGUCGGUAUCGUGCUUGCCGACAUUAUUGAGAAGUACUUUGUGUCUCCGACGCUGUUCCGUGUGAUUCGACUGGCCCGUAUCGGACGGGUUCUGCGUCUCAUCAGAGGCGCCAAGGGCAUCCGGACGUUACUGUUCGCCCUCAUGAUGUCCCUCCCGGCUCUCUUCAACAUCGGGCUGCUCCUCUUCCUCGUCAUGUUCAUCUACGCCAUCUUCGGCAUGGCCAACUUCGCCUACGUCAAGCGGCAGUCGGGCAUCGACGACAUGUUCAACUUCGAGACGUUCGGGAACAGCAUGAUCUGCUUGUUCCAGAUCACCACGUCGGCCGGCUGGGACAGCCUGCUCAGCCCGAUCCUGAACAACUCCCCCGAGGAGUGCAACGCCAACAUCCCCCACACCGGCACAACCGUGCGCGGUAACUGCGGCAACCCGUCCGUGGGCAUCACCUUCUUCGUCACCUACAUCAUCAUCUCCUUCCUCAUCGUGGUGAACAUGUACAUCGCGAUCAUCCUGGAGAACUUCAGCGUGGCCACGGAGGAGAGCACCGAGCCCCUGAGCGAGGACGACUUCGAGAUGUUCUACGAGGUGUGGGAGAAGUUCGACCCCGAGGCCACGCAGUUCAUCGAGUACGCCAAGCUGUCGGAUUUCGCCGAUUCGCUGUCGGAGCCGCUGCGCAUCAGCAAGCCCAAUAAGAUCAAGCUGAUCUCCAUGGACCUGCCCAUGGUCAGCGGGGACAAGAUCCACUGCCUGGACAUCCUGUUCGCCUUCACCAAGCGCGUGCUUGGCGAAUCGGGCGAGAUGGACGCGCUCAAGCAGCAGAUGGAGGAGAAGUUCAUGAUGGCCAACCCGUCCAAGAUCUCCUACGAGCCGAUCACGACGACUCUGAGGCGGAAACAGGAGGACGUGUCGGCCGCUGUCAUCCAGCGAUGCUACCGCAGACACCUGGUGAGGCGCCAGCUGAAGGCCGCCUCCUACUUGUACCGCCAGAUCACCACGCCGCGGCACGCCGGACAGGACGACGGCGACGGCGAGGAAAUGUUCGGGGAGGACGCGCCGGAGAAGGAAGGGCUCAUCGCAGCCAUGAUGAGAGAAAACUACGGCUCCAGUUUGCUGGUGAUCGAGCGAUCGGAGACGAUUUCGUCCACCUCGUCGCCGCCUUCGUACGACAGCGUGACGCGAGCCACGUCGGAGAUCUUUCACCCGCUCGCCGCCAAGACGGAAACGAUAGCUGGCGACACGGCAGGCAGCGAAGCCAGCGCCAGCGAACAAUCCUCAUCGUUGGUCGGCAGCCCUGACGCGCGGCAGGAAAGCGUACCAUAGCGCUAGGGUUGGGCAUCGAGAACCGAUUCCUACUUGGAAUCGGUUCAAAAAUGACGAUUCCAUCGGGUUUCUUUAUUGGAAUCGUUUGGAGAGAUUUUGGUUUAAAAUCUGAUCGUGGGGGUUUCCAAAUUUAACAUGCACAAGUUUUGGGUUUCCGUAGCGGGCCAGGCGCUUGUUGUGUUGCAGCUAAUCAAAUUAGCUCCUUGCAGGAGUCAUCCCAAAAGGAUCAAUCAAAGAGAAGUCUAGCUAGCGAUGGUCAAAUGAAGCUUUCGCAAAACCACUGUCUUUGUUUUUCUGAGCUCACUAGAUGGCGCUCUCCGUUCAAAGAAAAAGGUUUAAGGAAUGGCAAUUCAGUGUGUUUUCAACCCUUUUUGUUGAACAGAGAGCGCCAUCUAGUGAGCUCUGAACGUAAAGACAGCGGUUCGUGAAGCUUCAUUUGACCAUCGCUAGUUGCAGCCUUGGAGCACAGUAAGCGCGGCGCUCUAGCGUGGCUUUAUUUUGACUUUGAUAUCAAUGAAAAAGCCUCCGUCAAACUGCAACCCACCUUUUGAAUCAAAAUAAAACUUUCCUCUUAUUUGUGA